AGACUCACAAGUCAAAAUUUCUCUUUAGUUUCAAGGGAGAGAAUUGGCAAUUCCAUCCUUAGAGUAAAAGAGAUGUCAUCAAAAGCACUUCUCAUUUUCCAUUUCCUUGCUUUCUCAUUGCUCUUCACUUCUUCUUCUUCUUCUUCUUCCUCUUCUGUCCAAUCGGCUUCGGCUUCCGCCGGAGCCGAUGACACCGACUUCAUCAGAAAAUCCUGCAAUAUGACGGAGUACCCGCGCCUCUGCUUCACGUCCCUGUCCAGCCGCGCCGAGUCCAUCCGAGCCGACCCCGAGCUCCUAGCCCACGCCGCUCUCAGCGUGGCCCUCAAAACCGCCAGGUCAACGGAGGCGGCCUUGACCCGGAUGGCCCGGCGCCGCGGCCUGACGCGCCGGGAGACGGGCGCCAUGCGCGACUGCGUCGAGCAGCUCGGGGACUCGGUGGACCAGCUCGGCGAGUCUCUCGACGACAUGCGGCAACUCGGCGGCCGCCGCCGUGGGGAUUUCGGCCUCGUGAUGAAUGACAUUGAGACUUGGGUUAGCGCCGCCCUGACGGACGAAGACACGUGCACGGAGGGUUUUGCCGGAGAGCGGUCGAGGGGCGGCGUUAAGGCCGCCGUGAGGGGUAGAAUCGUCAAUGUUGCUCAUCUCACUAGCAACGCUUUGGCUCUCAUCAACCACGUUGCACAGCGUCAUCGUUAAGUAUAUAUACACAUAUAUACUCCCCAUUUAUAUAAGAAAAUUACUCGUUUUUUUAUUGCGAAGUACUCCGUGUUAAUCAUAAAAUGGUUAUUAUUAAUACGGAGUAAUAUAAUCUUAGGAUUAGUUUAUUUGCUUAUUAAUACUCUGUAUUAGUAGAAUUAAAAAAAAAGCUAUCCUUAG